CUCUUCACCUACGGGCCGGGCGGGGCCCUGCAGCGGGACCAGCCCUUCGUGCGCCGCGACUGCUUCUACCACGGCUACGUGCAGGGCAGCCCCGCCUCGCUGGCCGCCCUCAGCACCUGCUCGGGCGGGCUGCGCGGCGUGCUGCGGACGGCGAGGGGCAGCUACGAGAUCGAGCCCGUGCCGGACUCCGCCACCUUCCAGCACGUGCUGUACCGGGUGAAGGAGGGGGCCUCCCGCCUGCGCUGCGCCCUGACCGAGCAGGAGCUGCAGCGCCAGGCAGCCUUCGUCCCUGGCUUGCGGGACCUGUGGGCCAAGCAACUGCCCCAGGGUGACUGGUGGACACACACCCGCUACGCCAAGGUCGCCUUAGUGGUGGCGAAAGAGCGCUUCGUCCGCUCAGGCAGCAACGAAACCAUAGUCCUGCAGCAAGCGCUGGACAUAGUCAACAUAGGAGACUCGCUCUACCAUCCCAUGAGCCUUCGGUUGUUCCUGAUAGGGCUGGAGAUCUGGACGCAAAACAACUUUGUCAACAUUACUAGUAACAUAAAUGGGUUGCUUGGCGAUUUUAACUCCUGGAGAGCACAGAAUCUGUCUCCGCGGCUGCCCAACGAUGCAGGUCACUUACUGGCAUAUCAAGACUUUGGCAUUACCCUUGGGUUAGCAUUUGUAGGAGCAGUGUGUUCUCCUGGUUAUGGCUCAGCCGUUCUUUCUUUCGUGGAUGAUUGGUUGUACUCAUUUGCCAUUAUUUUUGCUCAUGAAUUGGGUCAUAAUCUCGGCAUGUUCCAUGAUGAGAAGUACUGUCAUUGUCCACGUAGGCAGUGUAUCAUGGCUGCCCUCCACUCUGUCACUGAUCUGUUCAGUAAUUGCAGUUAUAACUAUUAUUACAAUCAAAUGAUUAGUAGUGCCGGAUGUCUGCUUAAACCUCCAGCAUCAAAAGAAGUUUAUACACGUAAAUACUGUGGUAACCAGAUGGUGGAAAGUGGAGAGCAGUGUGACUGUGGCUCAAAAUACAAUUGUAGAAAGGAUCCUUGUUGCCAAUCCAAUUGUACAUUGAGUGCAGGUGCAACUUGUGCUUUUGGAGAAUGCUGUGAAGACUGUCAGAUACUUCCAGCAGGGACACUAUGUAGAAAAAGUAAUAAUAAAUGUGACCUUCCUGAAUAUUGCAAUGGGACUUCACAGUGGUGCCAGAAGGAUGUAUAUGUGCAAGAUGGAGCUCCAUGUGAGAAGGGUGCCUAUUGCUAUGGUGGAAACUGCUCUAGCCAUGAUCAACAGUGCAAAAUGAUUUUUGGUAAAGAAGCAAUAGUUGCUCCAUUAGCUUGUUUCCAAAAAUUGAAUAUGCAUGGUGACCGGUUUGGCAACUGUGGUAUUACUAGAGAGAUGAAUGCUAAAUAUAAGAAAUGUCAGGCAGAUGAUAUCUUAUGUGGCAGGGUCCAAUGUGAAAACAAGAAAAUAAUACCAUCUUUACAGGACCAUAGUACCAUACUUCAAACUCCUGUUGAUAGUAACUGGUGUUGGGGUACAGAUUAUCAUCAUGGGAUGGAAAUAGAUGAUAUUGGAGCAGUGAGAGAUGGUGCAUCUUGUGGCCCUGACAAGAUUUGUGUUAACAUGAGUUGUGUCAAUUUGUCACUCCUGAAUAAUGACUGUAAUGCAACAAAAUGCCAUAAGAGAGGAAUAUGCAACAGUCAUAAAAACUGUCAUUGUGAUUAUGGCUGGGCCCCUCCAUACUGUCAAGAUAAAGGAUAUGGAGGGAGCAUUGAUAGUGGACCACCUCCACGUGUGAAGGCUCUUGGGGGAGGUGCUAUCGCAACACUAAUAUUACUUGCUGCUGCUGCUGCUCUUGGGAUUGGGUUUGGUGUCUAUUAUAAAACUGCACUAAUGGGAUGGUUUAGAAGAUCCAUGGCUAGAUUCCAUGCAACUCAGCAAACAGGUGCUUCCAGUCAGGGAGUCCACGCUAGUUCACAUGUAAAACCUGCUACCAUGUCAAAACCUAGGUUAGAGUCUAUGCAGGAAGCAUUGGAUUUUAUGUAAUAUUAAAUAAUAUAUAAACAAUAUAUUUACCUAUUUUAAGAAUAAAUUCAGUUUGUAUGCAUUGAAAUAGCCUUUUAAAAUGAUGUCCUAAAGGAUUUAAUCUGUGCCUAAACUCAGGGAGUUAGGAAAAAACUAAGAGUUAUCCAUAUAGCCCCUUUCAUCUACAUUUCAUCUACAAACCUAAACUUGAACAAUGCCUUGUGAAGUAGGAAAGUAUCUCCAUUUUAUUGGUAGACGAACAGACUCAACAGUUGUGCAAAGUUACUCUUUAAGAGGAGGAAAUGUUUUGAACAAUUCACUUCCACACACAAUAAAGGAUAAAAGUAAAAAAAA